UUCAGAGCAGAUGUGUUUAAAAUACAUAAAAUAUGGAGAACCCACUCUGGGAGACCACUUAGAUAUUCAUAGUCGCAUUUUAAAAUGACUAACUCUCCACGAGCUACUAGGAAGUUGAAUAGAUAAUUCAAAGUCUUGUAACUCCGUGCAAGUCAGGAAUCUUCCUCGUCAAGGAUUAGUGCAAUAAUCCGUGUUCUUUUAACGACAGGCGAAAUAUGCUCUCUCAAUCAGCAUUGCUGGUGAUAGCGUUUGGUCUGGGGCUAAUCUGUUGUUGUGUCGGUGAGACGACUUCGACAGAGAGCAAUGAAAAUUCGACAGUAAUCUCCAAGACAAACCCAAUAACUACAACACGGGCAUCGACAGUCACAGAGCAGACAACCAUAACAACAUCUAAAUCAGCAAGCAAAUCAAAUACGGUAACCCCAUCACAGGAUAGCACAUCAACUACAAUCAAACCAAUAACAACCACAACAAAGCCAGAACAGGACGCAGGAAUUAAGAAUGCAACGACAGUACCAUGUCCUUCAAACAAGAAUUCGCAGGAAACAAGAACAAACACAUCAGAGUCAUGCGACAAAUCAUUACUGUCCGAGUUUGAUAGAAGGGUAUUGGAAUUGUUCUUCCUCGGACUGCCAAUUGGUUUGGUCUUUGUUCUGAUGUGUAUACUAACAGCAAUCCUAUUAUUUGUGACAAAAAAACACCUGAAGAAAAGCAGAGAUGAAGAGACUGGAAGCGACAUUGAAGACAAGGCAGAGAAGGAAACUACUCAGCAGCAUCAAAAGGAAACUAAAUCCGAAGAAUCUGAAAAAGAAAGUAAUGAUCAAAAGACCACCGAACAAGAUUCGGAUCAAAAGACUGAGGAAACUAAUGGGCAGGUUUCUGAGAGCAAAACAGGGGAAAGGAUUGAUCAAAUUGUUAACCAAAAGGAACAGAAAAAUAUAGAACAGAUUUCUGACCAAACAGCUUCAGAAAUUGUAGAACACGAUAUUGAAGAAAAGGUUCAAGAUGACACAGAACGUGAACUAAUACGUAAAACCCAGGAAGACAACGGCCUUGCAGACACCGUAGAAAUACCAGAUGCUAAGGAAUUAGAACAAGUUUCAAACACUCCCGGAACCACAAAACUAGUCCAAAAAGAAAACAACGCCAUACAUGCUACGAGUACAGACAAAUCGGAGAAGAUACAGCUUUCUGAGGAAAAGCCUCAGAAGGAAAGCGAUUCUGAAGGAAUGAACAAGACAGAAAAAGAAUUCCAAACAUCAAUUGAUAUCUUGACCUCGUUUAUCAAAGAAACUGAGGACAUCCUUGAAGAAAAAACAUGUAAACAGGAGAGGAAGAAAGAUGAAAUUAAGAAGGAAGAAAGGAUAAAUUCAAAUGUAACUUCCGUGAACAUCAAUGACUUUGCAGGAAAUAGAAAUCAAGGCAGCGGAGGGGAACUCAUUUCCCCCAAACAGCCAGAUGAAAAAUCGAUUACAAACAAUGAUAAGACAGAAACAGUUCUUGACAAAAGUAUUUUGGCAAAGAGCGAAAUAGAUGUGAAAAGUGAAGUCAACUGCCAGUUAAAAUCUCAAAAUGAAGAUCACGACUCAAGGAAUAAAACAAAAGAAACUGACCAAAUAGAUCCAGCUGAACGCGAUAAAAAAGACAAACCCCAUGACAUUGAAAAACACAUGUCUGACAACGAAAUCGACCUCCCGCCGCCACCAGAACAAAACGAAAUCGACCUUCCGCCGCCACCAGAACAAAACGAAAUCGACCAACCGCCGCCACCAGAACAAAACGUCGACGGGAAGAUAUCCAUUGUUGUAACAGUAGAAUCUGUCGAACCUGAUCUACCGCUUCCUCCAAACGAAUCCUCCGAUUCCUUAUGUGCUUCUGAUGAAUCCGAAAAAGAAGAUUCUGAAUGAAAACUGUGUUUCUGUAAUUCAGACAAUUACUUUGUUUUGAAAUGAUUACUUUCACAUAUUAGCACAUUACUCUUGCUAGGGUCAGCAUUGCUGACGGAUGAAUCUGCAACUCUGUCUUACACUCUUCUUUUCAAUUCAAUUAAUAUAAUUAGUAUAUAGGUCUUUGCACGUACCCGUACACAUUACCUUGACAAAACUCUAGAAAGAUUCAAUUGCUUCGGGUUUUGUUUGUUGUUUUUUCUUUUUCAUGAGAAAUAUUUUCGUAGGGUAUAUUGUAAGUUAUAUGAAAACGUAUUACGAUUCUUGCUCAUGCAAUUAUUGUCACUGUUAACCUGGUGUUACCAUUCAAGCCAGUUUUAUUUGUAUUGGUUUAACGUUUUUGGUCCAGUUACUUAAGAUUGUUUUUAAUCAAAGUAUAUUCACUGUCUGUGCGUCUGUCUCAAGGAAAUCUAGAAUUUCGAUUUCUGUGUUUCUAGAGCAUUUUCUACAAAUCCGUAUAGAACAAGUUUGAGUGUAUUCAAAUAAUGACAGCAUUUCCACGGCUUUUAAAGGUUAGAUGAUAAGAAAUACAUUAGUGUGAACAUACAUGUAUGCGUGUCAUUCAAAUAUCACUAUCCCAGAACUCCCGGACCAGAAUAUUUUUGUCGAUAAGUGGAAUCUCAAUUGUAGAUAAAAUAGCUAUAUAUAUAUAUAUAUAUAUAUAUAUAUAUUAUAUAUAUACCAUUUUCAAGAGCAAUGUAAACAAUGUUAAAUACGUGUAAAAGUACUGGUUUAUGAGAGUAAUAGACAACGGGGACUGCAACAGGCUAAAAAGGAGUAGUAUAAAACGGGUUUAAAGCUAAUAUAUUUGAAAUACACGAGAGAGUGUUAAAUAUAUCUGGAGACCCUGAAGAAAGCAUGACCUGUGUGAAGAUGCUAUGAACCCGAGAUCGGACAUUUUUGUUAUCAUAUAUGUAUAUCUUGUCUUAAUCCGAAUGGUACUCAAUAAAUUAUACCCAAUCUCAA